UGACUGACCACGGCCUGAGCUGAGAACAUGGGGAAGGACUACUACAAGACCCUGGGAAUCCCCAAGGGAUCCAACGAGGACGAAAUCAAGAAGGCCUACCGGCGCAUGGCGCUCCGCUUUCACCCUGACAAGAACACGGACCCAAACGCGGAGGAGAAGUUCAAGGAAAUCGCAGAGGCCUACGAGGUGCUCAGUGACCCCAAGAAAAGGGUUGUUUACGAUCAGCUGGGAGAGGAAGGUCUGAAGACGGGAGGCAGCAGCUCUUCAGGCGCUUCCGGCAGCUCAACGUAUCACUACACCUUCCACGGAGACCCCCACGCGACCUUUGCUUCUUUCUUCGGGGGCUCCAACCCCUUCGACAUGUUCUUCGGCUCCAACCGCAGCCACAGCCGCUCUAAUGGCUUCUCCUUCCACAAYGACCACAGUAACGGCGUGGAGCAGGAUGCAGACAUGGACGAGGAUGACCCCUUCGCUCACUUUGGGAGACAGUUUGGCUUCCCCGGUGGGAUGAGCAACGGAUUCCCAGGAGAGGGUCGCAGGAGGAGGGGGGCGCCAUCGGAGCGCUUGGGGACCAGUCGCAAGCAUCAGGAUGCUCCGGUGGUCCACGAGCUGAAGGUCUCGCUGGAGGAGAUCUUCCACGGCUGCACUAAGCGCAUGAAGAUCACCCGCCGCAGGCUGAACCCUGAUGGGCGGAGCAUGAGGACAGAGGACAAGAUCCUCAACAUUGUCAUCAAAAAGGGCUGGAAGGAGGGCACCAAAAUCACCUUCCCAAAGGAGGGGGACGAGACUCCGGAGAACAUUCCUGCUGACAUAGUCUUUGUGCUUAAAGACAAAGGACAUGCCCACUUCAGGAGAGAUGGUUCCAAUAUCAUUUAUAACUGCAAGAUCAGUCUAAAAGAGGCGUUGUGUGGCUGCACUCUCAGUAUUCCCACGCUGGAAAACCGCGUCAUCUCGCUGCCCUGUCACGACAUCAUCAAGCCAGGGACAGUCAAGCGACUCAGAGGGGAGGGCCUUCCUCUCCCGAAGAACCCGUCUCAGCGCGGUGAUCUCAUCGUGGAGUUCUCCGUACGCUUCCCCGACAGAAUCCCCCCUCAGUCCAGAGAGAUCAUCAGACAACACCUCCCCCAGUCGUAGAGACGCACAUCUGACACCUACAGAAAGCAACACUCUACAAACUGAACAGGGAGAAAAGCUGCCCACAACACUGCCUCACCUGCUCCUCCAACCCUCCCAUGUCCCGAGUCAGAUGCUGCGGUUCGUAUGAACAGCUGAGGGAUGAAGAAUGGCAGAUCAGGAUUUAUUUCCUUUGAAACACUUUUUUUUUUUUUUGCCAUUUGGCCCAAACACACACGUAACUGUGGCUUUUAUCAGACCUUCUUUCUGAACUGAUUUUCUUACAAAUUUAUGAUCGGUUUUAUAAGCUGUCCAACUCUAAGGUACUUGUCUUUUUGUCACAGGAGGAAAAUCUAAGGUUCUUUUAGAAGUUGUUUCUUUUUCCAGAUUUUUUUUUCUAAAAGUUUUUAAAAGUGUGGCUUUAUUAUUGCCAUCUUGAGUGUACCAGCAGCUUCCACAUGUCCAGUAAAACCCUUGUUUUUUUUAACUAAAAAUAGUUCCCUUGACAUUUGCUUUUCUAAUAUUUUCAAAAUGCAUUAGCCCUGAAGAAUGCAGGCUUUUUAGUACAAACCCAGUUCCAAAGGAAAUGGAAUAUUGUGUAAAAUGAAUGCAAGAUUUUCAAAUCUUAUAAAUCUCUAUUUUAUUCACAAGGGCACAUAGUAAACAUAUCAAGUAAUUAAACAAAGACACAUUAGCAUUUGUUGAAAAAAGGUGAAAAUGGGAAGGGGUUCACCAGUCUGGAAAAAAAUAACACUAAGGGAACAAUUUCAUGUAAUAUCCAAUCACCUACAGUUCACAUUAUCAUCAGAACAUUUCAAGAAUCUCAGAGAAAUGUCUGCACAAGGGACAAGGCUGAAGGUCAAGACAGGAUUCUUGUGAUCUUCAGGCCCUCAGGCAUUAAAAACUAAAUUAAUUAAAAGCUGUUAUGAAUGUCAGUGUUUGGGCYCAGCUCUAUCAUGCAAUAAAAGAAGCUAAUGUCCCGUUGUGAUUAAAAUAUGGGUUUAUGAGAUUUACAAAUCAUUGCAUUAUAUGUUUUAUUUACAUUUUAUUUUACACAACGUCCCAACUAUUUCAGAAUUGGGUCGUACCAUAGUCCUAUCCCCUAAAUUAGUCGCGUUAUAUAUCAAUUUAUAAUAGCUUAUCUCUGCUGAAUUGAACAAUCUGGGAAUGACAAUCAUAUACUGUAACAGCCUGGUUAUUAUUACAGUCUGCUCGUAACAUGGGUGCUUUCCCUUCUGAGCUGCGUGGCUGCCAAUAACAGAUUAGCCUGGCUCAGUUUCUAAGGGACAUACAGGUGCCUUAGCCCAAAAGUCCACAAGUCCUAUCACAUAUGUGAACACAGGUCACACACUGUAAUUAUCUACAAACAGCCAUGCUCUGUGCACAACAAAUGAUGCCCUAUGCUGUGUCAGUAAUUCCUACCAGGACAUGGUCGUUUUAGGGAAACAGCAAUGUAAAGUUUAUAUCGUACUGUAUGUAYAGCGAGCCGGGAUGUUUUUCACGUGCGAUUUGAUACGAGAACGACAACAAUUUUCUGUCAGUGUUUCUUCGAUGUAAAAUGCCAUACAAGUGCAAGUCGAACUUCCCAGAGGGAAGAACGCAUGGCUUUAUGUUUUAGAGUAAAUAACGGAGGUUACGCUGACGAGCUCUGCUUCGCUGUGUGUGUUCUCAACUCUUGUGGCUUUUUGAAGGCCACGGCUUGGUGCUAAUGUGAGCAGUGUCAAAAACUAAGCCACACCACUGGUUGUUUUUUGGUUGUACUUCGACAACAGCUUCUAGCCUCUGUAACAUCUGUACUUUGAACUUUACAUCUAUUCGGCUAGUAGGAAAGCCUGUUUUUUGUUGUUGUUGUUUUUUGUGUUUUUGGAAGAGCGCAGCAGCUGUUCUCUGUCUCAGCUGCAGGUGUGGGGGCGCUGAAACCUCGGCUCUUCCUUACUGAGUUUACAGCACAGACGAAAUGUGUGUGUGAGCAUGAGUUGUGCAGGAAGUGUCAUAGGCCAAUAUUUAUGUGUGUGUUUCGCACAAAACGAUGUUUAAAAAACAUUAUACAUAAAUGAUGUAAAGAUAGUGGGGAAAAGAAGGAGAUGAUGGGAGAGAAGUGAACGUCUGAACGUGUGAUCGUGUGUCCGGCUGCUGAGAGACUUGAUGCCACUGCUUGUCUGCAUUUGACAGAAACAAAACAKUAUUUAUUAACUUUUAAUAAUGGAGCAAAUAAACCAAAUGUGUGAAGUUCA